AAUGUACUUCAGUGGCUGCACCAUGAGCCUUAGGCUAGAGUCAGGUUUCAAGUUCUUGUCCUGCACUGUGACGAUGAUUGAGAUCUGCCUUGGGUUCUAUUUCUGAAAUGCUUUCUGAUCCAAACUGUGUCCCUACAAGCUCCAUUUAAUGCCUCCUUGACCUUGGCAGUUGUUAAGGUCUGAGGUUUUUCUCCUCCCGGACAAGAGACUAGUCAUUUGUGAGCACCAUCCCUGAACCCAUAUUCUUCUUAAGGACUGGAAACGAAGAAAGCAUCCACCUGGCACCAUGUCAGCAGGGAGGACGAGCCACCAGGUUAAGAACUUUGAAGCUUGGGAUUAUGUCGUGUUUGCAGCUCUUUUUGUCAUUUCUUCAGGAAUUGGAGUGUUCUUUGCCAUCAAAGAAAGGAAGAAGGCAACUUCCAGGGAGUUUUUAGUGGGGGGCAAGCAAAUGACCUGUGGUCCUGUGGCUCUGUCCUUGACAGCUAGCUUCAUGUCAGCAGUCACUGUCCUGGGGGCUCCGGCCGAGGUCUAUCGUUUUGGGGCAUCCUUCCUGCUUUUCUUCAUAGCUUAUGCAUUUGUCGUCAUCUUUACCUCUGAGCUCUUUCUGCCAGUUUUUUACACAUCGGGGAUUACCAGCACUUAUGAGUAUUUACAGCUAAGAUUUAACAAGGUGGUUCGUUAUGCUGCCACGCUUAUCUACAUAGUGCAGACGAUCCUCUAUACCGGAGUGGUGAUUUAUGCUCCUGCUUUGGCACUCAACCAAGUGACUGGGUUUGAUCUCUGGGGAUCUGUGUUUGCCACAGGAAUUGUCUGCACGUUCUACUGUACCCUGGGAGGACUAAAAGCAGUAGUGUGGACAGAUGCAUUUCAAAUGGUCGUCAUGGUGGUAGGCUUCUUGACAGUUCUUAUACAAGGAACAGCACAUGCUGGUGGAAUACACAAUGUAUUAGAUUAUUCAAGAAAUGGUUCUCGACUUGAAAUACUUGACUUUGAUGUGGAUCCUUUGAGAAGGCAUACUUUCUGGACAAUUGCUGUUGGAGGAACUUUUACGUGGCUAGGCAUCUAUGGUGUUAAUCAAUCCACGAUACAGAGAUGCAUCUCUUGCAAAACAGUAAAGCAUGCUAAGGCUGCCCUUUAUCUUAACUUAGUUGGUCUCUGGGUAAUUCUGGUCUGUGCAGUCUUUUCUGGCCUGAUCAUGUAUUCUCACUUCAAGAACUGUGACCCCUGGACAGCUGGCAUUAUUUCAGCACCAGAUCAGCUGAUGCCGUAUUUUGUAAUGGAAAUAUUUGCCUCAAUGCCAGGACUCCCAGGUCUCUUUGUUGCAUGUGCCUUCAGUGGGACCCUGAGCACAGUGGCCGCCAGCAUCAAUGCUUUAGCAACGGUGACUUUUGAAGAUUUCGUCAGGAGCUGCUUUCCCAACCUCUCCGACAAGCUGGGCACCUGGAUCAGUAAAGGCUUAUGUUUGUUAUUUGGAGUUCUCUGUACCUCCAUGGCAGUUGCAGCAUCCUUCAUGGGGGGUGUUGUACAGGCUGCCCUGAGCAUCCAUGGCAUGUGUGGGGGACCCAUGCUUGGCCUAUUCACUUUGGGAAUUGUAUUUCCUUUUGUCAACUGGAAGGGUGCAUUAGGGGGCCUCCUAACUGGAAUCACCUUGUCAUUCUGGGUGGCUAUUGGGGGGUUUAUAUUCCCUGCCCCGGCUAUCAAGACCAAGCCAUUGGUUUUAUCAACAGACCAAUGCAUCCAACUGAAUAUGACAGAAUCAUUAUCCACAGCACUUCCUCCAGUGAUUGUUAACAGACCACCCUUGGCUGAGACUUGGUAUUCUCUCUCCUACCUUUACUACAGUGCUGUGGGGAGCCUGGGAUGCAUCCUUGCUGGUUUCCUUAUCAGCUUUGUAACAGGUCUGGAGAAAGGUGAAAAUAUUCAACCACAAUUGAUUCGACCAGUUGGGAAUUUGUUUUGCUUUUGGUCUAAAAAAUAUAAGAAAGCAUGCUGGUGUGGAGUUCAGCAUGAUGGCGACACAAUUCAUGACAACCUUGAAAAUGAUAAUGCCUGGAAACAAGGAACUGAAUCUGCCCUGCAGAAUGGGUUCAAAGACAACCAGGACCAUCUCCCUGGCUAUAAUCCAUAUGAGAAAAGCUACACCAAUCUGGCUGCUGAGAAAGUCACCCAUUUAUAGGGACUGAAAGCUGCUUCCUAUCCCAAUAACUGUUCCCUGCAACACACACACUGAAACAGAAACAUGCUCGCCCACAUUCCCUUCCUCUUAGAACUUGCUUUUGGGAUUCUAGUUGGUUGGUUGAGAAGCACACUUACACUUCUAGGCAGUACACAUUUCAGAAAUGUAUUUAUGCUUUGUUUUUUGUUUUUUAUGAAUAUAAAUAAUGCGGAUAGGAGACCUGUUUCCCAAGGAUGCUCUGCUUUGGAAGAUACCUUCUUCUCUGCCUGUCAUUCCAUUCAU